ACUGUUUCUUGUACACUCAAAUUACCUGCUAGCAGAGUCUCUCUUCUCUUUCUCUACCUUCUUUCAGGUAGGGAGGAAGGAGACUCUGCCGAUGUAGAGUGUUUCCUUUGAUACACUGCCAUCCACRAUCGUAGAUGAACAAAACCAGUUUUAAAACCAGUUUUUAACCAAUUACGUGUAGUGYGCAUGAGCAAAUGUAACACACCRUGGCACCAAACAUUGUUUGACGAGAUUGGCUGUCAAAAUCAUGACAGCGUUGCUAAGUUACGCCAUGCAGGCRCGACAGAAAUAACGUCUUAUGUYGGCAGAGUCUAUUUUUCUCUCUCAACCAAAACAAAAGGAAAAUAGGCUCUGCUAGCAGGGAAACACUCAGACACACACUUGUAUAAAGUAAAAUGUACUUUUAAGGAAAAAAAUAUGAAAAUUUGAUUCUCUUGUUUAAAUCCUCAAUCUUAAUUGGCUGAUUUGUAYGAAAAGUUGUCUGGAAAGGCCUUGGUUGGUGUAGUCACACAGUAAAAGUUGCAAUUCUUUUUUAUGAAAUGUAGAYAAUGAAGAAAUUAUGACCCAAGAUACUGAAAAUAAGGAAGGAAAUGAUAAAGAUGCAAAUGAAAAUAAUGUGGAGAAGGAAAGACAGAUGACUGAUGUAAGAUUCAGUCAUCCAAAUGUUGUGCUACCUCCUGAACCAACUGGACGAUGUUCUAAUAGUGUACAGAAAAGAAUAGUGGACUCUUUAGAAAACAAAAAAAGGAAUGGAAUAGACUUCAAUGCAAAGAUACAGAAAAUGAAAGAUUUUAGGAAUCCAAGUAUUUAUGAAAAACUGGUAUCAUUUCUCAACAUACAAGAAAAUGGGACAAAUUACCCUCCAAUUCAGUUUCUUUCAGGGACUAAAAAAUCUGCUACAGAAAUAACUGCAACAGCAGUUGAAGAGGCAAAAAAAAGAAAAUCUAAGUGGGAUAUCAGUGCCACAUCAGCACCAGUUGUAACUGCUCCUGUGCUUGCUAAAGCUAUAAGUGAUGCUACAUCAUCUGCUGCCAAGAAAGCAAAGUCAUAGCAAAAAGAGAAGAUUUAAAAUCUCCAUCACCAUUGAUUCAGAAGAAGUUGAAAUGAACCUAGUCUCCUUUGCAACUGUCAUUAGUUUUGGUAUUACAUUCUCACGGGCCGAACUGAAGAAGUUCAUAUACCACUUGCAUGUGAUGUCAAAGACUUAUUGCAAGGGGGUCAUGCAAGUUCACUCAUAUUCAGGUUUCUGUGAUCUAAACAUUGUAUUUUUGUAUUCUUUUUACUUAUUGAAAAUUUUGGACUGUAUUACAAGAAAUUGCAAAAUAUUUAUAGUGUCUAGAUCUAGUUAUUUGGYGAAACUCAUGCAUACUAGUUGCACUUUUCAGAGAUUGGGCUCCCUGUGCCUUUAUGCUUGUUGACAUUYAAAGGAUUCAUAGCAUUUUACUCUAUUUAAUUAUUUGAUUACACAUUACUUCAUCGAAGCCAUGUUGGUGCCAUUCAACAAAAGAUUUCUCAUUAUCAUCCAUCGUUAAUGGCACCACGAUGGCUGCCAUGUUUUUGUCUUUUGACUCUCUAGGGAAUGCUUGCAACCCAUCAAUAUUUUAAASGCUCAGUCCCACUAGUAAGAUGAGUAAUGUUCCUCUAUUUUUUUCUUUCAAUAUCUACUUUGUUUAGUUUUUUUUGUUUUCUUGUCAUAAAGGUCAGUCUUACCACAGGUAGCCCAGGCUAUGUACAUGUACAUGUAUGAGUGUGCUUGGAAAAGCUGAUAUGUGAUAUAUAAUAUAUACAAAGAAAAUCUUGAAGAAAUAAAUUUUCAUUUGAAUUACACCUA